AGAGCAGCCACUGCAGCCAGAAAACCCCAGUGGAGAGCACAGGCGAUUACCCUCCACAGGCAGAGACUCCGGAGCUGAAUCGUGCUGAAUAGAGAACCCCUCCGGCUGAGCGAGCCAUGUGUGCCCGGCAAGAGCAGCCACUUGCGCUCCGCUGAAGAGCAAUGCAAAUGCACCGGUGAGGAGAACUGCUUCCAGGUCUGGGUGGACGCGAACCUGAGUGGAACCUGAACGCCGUUAAAGCCACGCUGACUAACAAAACUUCAAAAACAUGACUACAGUCAGGAUUUUAAUUCCACAAUGCUGCUAUGCCGGGAUGUGAAAGGCUUCCUACCCAGGUCUGGAAGGUGGUUGAUGAUGUUAGGAGCAAGUACAAACCCAGAUGAAGAGCGGCAGAAGCAAUGGAGGGACCAACCCCAGAGCCCGUGUACGUUGAUGUGGACAAAGGACUGACAUUAGCAUGUAUCGUCUUCCUCUGCCUCUUCUUGGUUGUGAUGAUUAUUCGCUGUGCAAAAGUCAUCAUGGACCCUUACAGUGCCAUCCCGACGUCUACGUGGGAGGAGCAGCAUCUAGAUGACUGAAAGGACUUCACUAGAUAGAGCCAUGAAAUGCUGUGAUCCAGGAGGAGGCCUUUUCUGACCGGGAAGGCCAACAUACAAACAGCCAUUUUCAGAUAUGCAGGACAACGGCAAUAUCCCCAAGAGCACAUAAUGUAAAUCAUUCUUCCUCAACAGAUCAGGAUAUCAGCAAGCCAUUCUGGCGGCACAGCUUAAUACUAUGCAGCAACCCUUAUUUUACUGAAAACGGUCAUCAUUGUAACUCAAGUAGCACAAGACUCUCCAGAUUUUUCCUAAUAUAACUCUUGGUCUCGCACAGUUUGUCCUCCCCUCCCUAUCUCCCACAAAUCCAGGGUAACCAUCAGAAUUUGGAAAAGCAACAAGGACAUUGUAUCUUUCCUGGAAAUAGAUCGCUUUGAACACCUUCCUCAGUCAUUAUAUUUGUGUUUUGAAAAAAGCUCGGAUUUUAUAGUUUUAUAUCCAGAGCCUCACUAAGUAGAAGCGCUAAAGCGCCAAUGGUUACUUAGGGUAAUAUGAGGAGAUUUAUUCUUGACUCACUUGGUUCUGCAGUCAUAUUUCCAGUGGGCAGGAUACGGAAGCACCCAGACUACAAGUCCCAAGGGGGUCAUGGACUGCUGUUGACCCUGUAGCACCAUUUUGCUUUGUCCUACUCAAGCAAACACUUAGCAUUUUAUCAUCUGCCACAUUAGCCAGAUGAGCUUGGUAGCCACCAGAAGUCCAUAAAGCAGAGCUUGGACACUGCUGGUUUCGACUACGUAGAACUUGCUGUGAUUUUCAAAGAGUGAUUCUACAUGUAGCUUCAUCCAUCUUUUGUUUCAGGUGCGCCUCAGUGGGAUGACACAUAAAUGGGAUGACACAGGCAAUAAGGAAGGAGACAUUGCUCUGAGCUUUGUCACUGAGGCAGACUCCCCAGCAUAACAGUUCCAGUAACAUACAAUAAUAUGCAUUCUACCUCGGAGAAAUUCAGCACCUUUAGAAGACGAAUUUUUCGUCUCAAAUUUGUAAGGUGAAUAGCUGUACAUUUCCCUCUCUCAAUUCAUUAAGACAGCCAUUAUGGAAGAAGGCGAAAGUGAACAGGGAAGCUUUAGAAAUUUAUUAUUUACAUUUUGAAGAGUGGGGAUUGAGGGACUCUGAUGUCCUCUAUCCCCCAAAUUCUAAGCUUUGCUCACAGCAGCCUUUUAUAGUGACCUGUUUGGCUUAAGGCACUGUAAGGAGCUGCUGAAGCAAUAUGGAGUUGGUACUGCAACCACCACAAGCAUCAUGAGCAAACAAGACUUGAAAGCACAAAUCUGCAAGAAGGGCAUUUCGCUAUUUCUCCUCUUCCUUACCAUCCUACCUGACCUCUAGAUUCUUGCCAUAAGGUGAUGCACAGUGGGUGAAAAGGUGGAGCCAAAGGUGGGACAAGGAAUCAGGAUGUAGACUUUGUAGGUUACUAUUCUCAGCUCUGUCAGACUUGUUUGACGAACACACAAGUCACUGCUUUAUGUGCCUCGGUCUACUCAUCUGCGAAACGGGUACAACAAUAUAAACUCCUCUCACAUUGUUUUGUCUGUCUUAUAAUACCAGAAAGCACUUGGAGAGCCUCAGACAGUGAUACCGAGAUGAGGUAUUGAUUUACAAUUCUUCCUUGUGAAACUAACGGGGAAGAGCUGAAUGUCGGUAUACAGCGAGGGAAGUUCUCCCCAGGCAGAGGACUUGUCCAGACCUCCGUUUGAUCUCUCAUAAGGAUUGCAGUAUUUUGAGGCAUGCCAAACGGCACCUGGCUGGGUUACAUAUUCCCCUGAUUUCUGAGCACAGCCUGGAUGUAAGGUGCUCAGCACUGAUUACAGAGUUCCCAAAAUAGCAGGCUAUGAGGCACGUGGAGAUUUUUGCAUGGAUCUUUUGCACUGCACAGUUUUUGCUAAUCUCUGUUGUAGGAGAUCCCAUUCAGGAGGCAGGAGAUUUGAGGAUUGGCUUUAAUCCUGCUAUUCUCUACUCAGAGACAGCCACUGCUUCAAUUACCCACCGCAGAUUGCUCAUCAGGCUGUUAUUUAGCCUCAGUUUCUGCUAGCCAGUUAAUCACCAGUAACAGGACUUUAUCAAGCGUGACUGUUAAUGCUCACCAUACUUUGAGCGAGUGCAUCGGUCUCUUUUUUCAUGAAUGUGGCUAUCUGCACUAUAGGAAUGGAUGCCCUAGCUCGAAGGGGAUUGCUUCUGUUCCCAAAGGUAAAGUUUAGAAUGCAUUUUUGCCACCAAAUUUCAUAUCCUACCUUCAUACUAGCGGGGUUACUUACAGAAUAGACAAAAAAAAGACACCCCAAAAUAAAGCUAUUUCCAGGCUAGAGAGGCUUUCAGUUCACCAGUCACCCGGCCGUGCUCACAGCUGAGGCAGAGCAAGACCAGAGCUUGUCAUCACUCCCCCCCGCCCCGUGCCAACGCUCCCCUCAGUGUUCGUCUGCAUGCAGAGCUCUUGGGCUUUGUCGCACGUCACCGAUAAGCCCCUGUUCAGCUGAGGGCUUACGCACGUGCUUAAGUGCGAGCCCUGGGCUGCGUCCUGGGCAGGGCAGGGACGGCAGCGCACAGCCCUUGCAGGAGCAAAGCCGGCGUGACAGCAAAGGGUUACAACUGCCAGGGAAGCCAAUUAACAAGUUGGCUUUGCAAGAGUGUUUGCCACUUCUUUUUUUUCCCCUCUGUUUGUCCAGCUGUACAAACCAUUUUAUGGAUUUUCCUGAAGAUCCUAAAGGAAAGGUCCCUCUGGGUAGCUCUGAUUUCUAAUAAGAAGGUACUUAUCUUCCUAGCAUAGCCUGCCAAGUCCAUCCUUCUCUUGUCAAAAGAAAAUCUCCAUUAGCAUCUACAUAGUCACAUCCAGCCCUCUCACAUAACUGUGUAACAGUCAAUGCGAUUGUUUUUAUAUAGAUAACGUAAACGCGUUCUAAUUCCUGCCUUCCCCCGCUGGUUACACACACGCCACCUCACCACUCUGACCAAAAGCAAUACGAAACAUCGUGCCCAAAGCAGAAA